CCCUAGCAACCGGAGGGGAUGUCUUGGUACGGGCAGCUAGGGGCAGAGAGGAGGCUCGGCAAGCUGAGGCCAGAGGGGUAUUGGCUGGGCUGGGGUAUUUGUGUUAGGUAGGUGUAAGGCUCAGCUGACUGAACUCUCUAGCGUGAGCUGUGACAGCUGCCUUCUCCAAAGCACCCAGCCAUUAGCGCAGCAAUCUGCAGCUCACUUUGCAUUUCCUGCACGAUCAAAAAGGCAUCCUGCAAAAAUGAGUCACCCUCACCCUGGGUCACUCGCAACCUACAACAGCCUUACAGACAGACACUUGGCUGGAUACUUCAGCAAUACAAGGAUAAGACGACAUCUUCAGCGAUCAGGGCUGAUCUCAAGAAGUGGAAGAAUAAUAUCUGAGAAGGAGUAUCGGCUAAAUGCUAUGAGGAGGGAUCACCAAAGAUAUGUACGGGAAUGCCUAGCUCAGGCCAUAUUUCACAAAGUCCUUGAUAUGGAGCGUCAUCAUCAGCUAGAAAUAAAAAGAAAACUGGAAAAUGUUGUGAGGAAGGAGCGGGUUCAGAGAAUCAAGGUGGGACGAUCAAGAAGAUCAGUGGAAGAUAUUAAUCCUCUGCUCUCUCCACAUCCACCUGCUGGUGCAAGAAAUCACUAUGGGCGCCAUGCUUUAGUUGAUGGAGAGCAAUCCGGCCCCUCGCUAUCAUCUUCCUCUCCUCGGCCAAACACAGCACCAGGAAAUAUGCAACGCCCCGUCCGACUACAGCCACUUCCUGGAUAUCCUACAGCAGGAUCCACACUCAGGACUUCUUCCAGAUCCAAACAAAAGCUCUUGGAACUUGAACACGAUCAUCAGUUUCCCAAUGGGGGAGAGAAAAGCAUGAUGAGGCUUAUGAACUCAGUGGAUUAUUCACCUGGAUUAUCCCCAUAUCAACUUCCCAUCAUUAACAAUUACGUGAUACCAGUGCCGCCUCCACCCCAAAAAGGAGAUAAGAACGUAAAGGGAGUUAGGCAUGGGACUUCCAGGGGCAGGCGCUUUCGCCCGACCACUGCACCAAAUGGCUUCGAGCAGCUGUUAACAAAGGACUCGGGAAAAUUCCAUAAGCCCUCAUUACACAGCAAUGCAUCUGUUACAAUGAUCUACUUAGGAAAAAGUGUGCACUUGUCUCAUGAUGACACUGAUUACAGAGAUGAAAUCAAAGUCUAUCAGCAACAUUGUGGAGGAGAAAACCUUUGUGUCUACAAAGGCAAGCUACUGGAAGGAGAGACCUUUCACUUUACCUCAAAGCGGCACCAUGGUUUCCCCUUCAGUCUCACCUUUUUCCUCAAUGGGAUACAGAUGGACAGGCUGAGCUCCUGCUGCGAAUACAAGCAUCGGAAGGGUGUGAGAUUGGGAGGCAAGCAUGGAUACUUUGGCUUUGUGAAUGUGGAUAGAGCAUCUCCUUGCUAUAGGUGUAUUAUUGCAAUGGGCCUGGACAAAAAACCCUCUCCUCCAAAGAAAAAGAUGAAGGAAGACUAUGGAGAAAAGCAAGAGGAUUCCAUGAAGGAUGAAGAGAACAAUGAGCCAAGUGAGGGCAGCAUUGAGCAAGAGGUGACCAAACACUCGACAGUUGAAAUUUCAUCAGCUCACGGAGAGGGUCAGGAGCCUGCAGAGGACAGCGUGGAAAUUGGAGAGGAGGAAAGAGAAGAAGAAACACAAGAAGGACCCGAGGAUGAGUCUGAAGAUGACCAGGAAACUGCUAGUAAAGAUGAGUAUGGUGAAGAUUUUGAAGCAGAUGAAGAGAAAUCAGAUGAGAAAGUUAAUGAAGAAGGACAGGCCGAUGAUCAAAUGAAUGGAAUGUCAAAGUCACCCUCAGAUGAUGAAAAAGAUAAUUUAGACCAUGAAAAGGAGAGUAAAAGCUCAUCACAGAAGGUGCUGCAGGCCUCUGACAGCGAGAAAGAUGAAAGUGAUGGAUACUCAAAUAGUGACUCAGAGGAAGAUAAACAAGAUAGGAAGUCUGCAUCCUCUCUCUCAUCCAGCAGCACUCUAUAUAGCAGUGAAGACGACUCUGAAGCUGAAAAGAUGAAAGACCACGUUAAGGGCAAUGAAAAGGAAGACAUUGACGGGACAGCUACACGUGAGAAGUAUGGAAAUGAGACUUGGGAAAGCAAACCUGAGGAAAUUCAGGAAAUGGAUGCAGUGGAGGAGGAAGAAAUGGAUGAAGCAGAAGAGACAAAAGCAGAGGCUGUGAUGAGGGAAGAAGUUGAGGUUCUUCAUGGACAUAUGGAAAUACAUCAUCAAGGCACAGAUGAACUCAAUGGGGAACUCAGACAUGUAGGGUCAAUAGAAAAUAAUGCAAGGGAAGAGGGGGAGAAGGAUGGAAGCAACACAAGGGAAGAUGGGGAGGAGGUUGUUCUAGUGCAUUUGGAAGGCAGUACUAUGGAAGCAGAGGCUACAAACAAGGAUCCUCCUGAGGUUGAUGAAGGAGGUGAUUGCAAAUCAGUCCAAGAGAAAAUAGCAGAGGCAAUUGAAAAUGGUCAUCGUUUGAGUUCUGAACCUGAGCCCAGUGAUUCCAGUUCAGAUGAAGAAGAGGAGAACUUAACAAGUACAGCUCAUGAUAUAAAAGAAGAUGGAGCCUUCUUGGCAGAAGCAGCAACAGCAUGUGAAAAGCAGAAGGCAGCAGAGCAAGAGGUACAAGAGGGGCAGAUGGUGGAUGAGGAAAAAGCACUUGAGAAGCAGGAGGAGUUUGUAGCUGAGGAAGGAGCCACUGACACUGAAGAAGCAGGCAAUCCAACAGCUCUGGAGUUAGAUUUACUGGCUAAGAAAGAAGAAGCAGCUGUGAUGGGACAGACAGUGGAAAAUGUACUUACAGUAAAAGAAGAAGCAUCUGAGGAGAAGGCUAUAACGGAAGAAGAUCUGGAAGAGAGUAGGGUAGGAAAGGAAAUGGCAUUUCAGGGAGAGGAGGCAUCUGAGGGAAAUAUAGCUUUGGAGGAAAACGUAAAUGAAGGAGAGGAGGCAGUGGAAAAGGCAGCAUAUGAGGGAAAGGUGGUGAAGGAAGUACCACCUGAAGGAGAGGAGGUUGUUGAGGAGGUGCCUGAGGGAGAGCAGGCUGUGGAGGAAGCAGAAUCUGAGGCAGAGGAGGCUGUGGGGAUGGCAAGAGGUGUGGGAAAAGAAGAUGUGGGGGAGGCCGCAUCUGAGGCAGAGGAGACUGUGGAGGAGGCAGCAUCUGAGGCAGAGGAGGUUGUGGAGAAUUCAGUUGCAGAGGCAGAGAAGGCUAUGGAGAAGGCAGACUCUAGAGGAAACGAAGUUGCAGAGGGGAUAGAAUUGGAGGGAGAGGAAGUUGUGCAGGAGGCAGCUUCUGAGGGAUGGGAGACUAUGGGAGAGACAGAAUUUGUUCUGGAGGAGUCAGUAGAAUCAGUGAAGGUUCCCAUACUGGGAGCAGCAACUGAAAUGGAGGAAUCAGUAGAAUCAAGAAAGGUUCCCGUCGGUGAUGCAGUGUCUGAAGUGGAGGAGGCAGCAGCAGCAAAAACAUCGGAGGAGGAGGAGGAUGUAAUGGAAACAACCCCAGAGGAGGGAGAGACAAGAAAUGAGGCCUCAGAAGUAGAGAAAUCACCACCUUUGAUGGAAGAAACCUCAUUGGACAGGGAAAUAAAAAGGGACACUGCAAUAGAGGAAGGAGCACACAAAGAUGGGGGGAGCAUAGUGGAAGCAUCUGAAGAGGAAGCAGCAGCAGAAGAUCCAGAAUCUGAAGAGGAGGUAGUAGAAGAAGGAACAGACAUAGGGGAGUCAGUGCCUGAGGAAAUACCAUAUAUGGGAGAAGAACCGGUGAAGGCUAGUGAGGAGAAAGUGACAGAGGAAUCAGAAGAAAAGGCGGUGUCCCAAAUAGCAGUUCCUGAAAAGAAGUUGGUAAUAUUAAAAAAGGUACCUAUUGCUGAAGAGGCAGUAGAUAAAUCCACAAUAAAUGUAGAGGAGGUGGCUGAGGGAGCAGCAGUGGAGGGUGUGGUGGUAACUGAGGGGAUGGCAAUGGAGGAACUGGAGGUGGCUGAGGAAUCAGCAGAGAGAGAGGGAGAAGGAAUGUCAGAAAUAGAAUCUGAGGAGGCAAUGUCAGUGGACACAGGAGGCAAUGGGACAGUAAUGGGUAAAGAAACACCACCACGAAAGGAGGAGAUAGUAGAGAAAUCAGAAGUUGGUGAGAAAGAAAAUGCAGAAGUAUUAUCAGACUGGGAGGUGCAGACAGAGGACGGAGGACAUGAGGAGGGCAUGGAAGAGGAGAAGGCAGGAUCGGAAGAGCAGAAGGUGAUGACAGAGGGGAUAAUACCCGAAGAAGAUAUGAGAUCAGAGAGAACAUUGCCUGAGGUGGAGAAACUGAUGACACCAUCAUCUCUGAGGGAUGAAAUGGAAGCUGUGGACGCAGCACCUGAGGUAGAAGGCGUGACACAGGAAAUGGCAUAUCACCUGGAUGUAGUGGAGAAGGAAGCAGUCCUUGUGGAAGAGAUAAUGGCAAAAUUGAGACACGCAGGUGGGAAUGACAGAACAGAGAAGCAAGAGAUGGAGACAGUGGAGGAGAAAAUCACACUGAAACAAUUAGACACAAAUGAAAAAAUAAAAACAGGAAAGACAGAGACUUUGGCUGAAUAUCCACAAGGGAUUCAUGACUGUACGGAUCUGCUUGAAGUCCAGCACAAGGAAGAAAGCCUUGCACAUAAAACAGACACUAUAGAAACGUCCGUUACAGAAGAGAGAAACUAAGGGGCUCUGUGGCACAUGGUGAGUAUCUGUAUGAGCCAGAUUGCUACCUGAAAGAGGAAUUGAUUUUACUUUUAUUACAUUCCUUUGUAAGGUUUCCAAAGCUGCAGUACCUAGGCUAGUGCUACCAAAGCAUCAGCUCUACUGGAUGGUGAAAUGGAGGAGCUAGAAAACCAUGAUUUUCUUCAACCAUUUAUUAUAUUCUUCAUUUUCGCUUCAAUGGUUUCCUGAGGGUUUUUAUUGCAAAGUCAAAAGUGACUUUGAGUUGCAUCAUGAACAUUCACAGCUCUAUUUAAUGUCUGUGUCUCAUACCUUCAUUCACACUGAGUGGUACUGUCAUCCAUGGAUAGUGCCAUUGGUUACACUGAGACUGUGUAUAGGAAAAAAAUGUACUUAUGGCUGACAAGGCAAUAGAUAAAGUCACAAUGAAUGUAGAGGAGAUGGCUGAGGUAGCAGCAAUGGAGGUAGUGGCAGUGACUGAGGCGGUGGCCAUGGCCGAGUGGUGGUGGUUGAGGGAGUGACAACGGAGGAAGUGAGUAAAUGAGCAAGAGUGGUAGCCUCUGGCCAUAACACUUCAAAUGAUUUUGAUAUUAUGGAGCUAUAGCAAUAAUCAGCCCCGUGUUUCUGCUUGCAAUCUAUCUCUAUGAACGUGUAUGGCUCAUAUUACACUAGUAGCUAAGCACCUCACAAUCUUCAAUAUACCUUUUUACCAUACAACUUAUACUUUGCUUGAUGUUUCCCAGAAUAAUCUAAAGCUGGACAUAAUUAUUUUGCCUUAGAUACAAUCCCUGGAUGGGGGAGAAAGACACAUCUGAGCAUCCUCUGCAGUUCCUUCAAUGAUCUUAUUUUAGUAACAUUUUUUUACAAAUCACUGUAGAUUUGUGUGGGUUGGGACAUUCCCUCCUCCUCUUCAUUUGACUUGAUGAGUAGCAUAACCAUCUGUUUGUUUACUAGACCAGCUCCAGAAUGUGCAACAGAUAACUGAACUAAGCUUACAGAGCUAGUAUGGGAAAUCACACUCUUUUAUCAUUAUGACUACAAUAAUAAUAAGGAACUUUCCACAGCUGUCAUGAAUUUCUUUUCGAACUACAGAGAAUUCUUACAUUGGUUAAACUGAAAUUCCCCAGCCCCCAAAGAACUCAGUGGGUUUGUGAUGACUAGCUUGAAGGGAGGAGGAGGUUUGCUGGCACUUUAUGUAUAAUAAUAGAAAGUGCAGUGUACGUAUGUAUAUAAAAUUGUAUGUAUGUGAUUGUAUCCUCCGCCCACACACAUCUUUUGUGUGUCAAUUGCAUUUGUAGAUUGUAAACUCUUUAAUACAGUGGCUAUGUCCUCAUGUAUGUAUAUGUGGUUUCCCAGGACAAUAAGGUCUGGAUUCUGAUUGGAGCAUCAAGGUGGUAUUGUAAUGUAAAUAGUAGCAAUAACAAUAAGAAGCCCAAUUCUGAUCUCACACAUCGAUGCCACUGGGAACUGUGCUAUCUAAUGGAGGAAAGAAUUGGGGGCUGUAAGGGUAAUUCCUUCCCUCUGUUGCAUGCAUCCAUUAGUGGAGAAAAUGGUCAGAGAGAGGAUUUCCCCCCCCCCCUUCUACAUCCAGAGGAGCAGGUCAGAAUUGGACUUCAGAGAGCAUUAGAUAGGGGGAGGAGUCAACAUGUGAGUGCACCUUGGCUGCAGCUCUAAUGAAAUCUAGUCAGGCCCCAGAUCCUCACCUGUGCACAUGCUGGGGUACAGAACAUACAGUAGGUGGGCAUGCAUACUGCCUUGCUGCUACUGCUUAAAGGCAUAAAGAAUGGCCCACCAGGCAGGCUCCUGCUGCUCUAUGCCCACGCUAAGCCAGCCUCUGCAUCUGGGCCCCAUCUGUGUUUGACUGCUGCGGAAGUGGUACAUAAAUCUGACUCUGUUUCACUGGCAUUUCCAGCCAAGUUUGAUUUGCUUCCCAUGACCAUUCACAGAAGCAGAUUUUGAUUUGGAAGAAAGUUCCUGGAAAGAGAGUUGUGCGUGCUUGAAUGUCCAUACACUUGAGCAUUCACUCGGGGAGGGGCGGUUUGGCUAUCUUUAAAGCUAUCAGUGGGUUUGGAAGUGGUCAGGAAGCAGGACCUGCACCACAUGACCUACGUGACCAGUCACUUAGCAUGAAUAGCAAAUAACAUGAAGCAGUAGGUAUGUUAAACAGCCUGCAAGCAAAUCAAGGGCUGAAAUAUUUUCCCAAACCAUUCACCCAAUGGCUGAAUGUCAGAGAAAUGGGUACCAACAGGUAAGUCAGACACAGCAAAGGUGUCAUUGGCACUGAAGAGAUGAAUAGCUGGGAAUACGUUGCUCAGCUCUACUCAGCACCCCUGGCACCAGUCUACUUUGCCCAUCUCUGGGGCUCCAAAGAGUAAGGCCAAGAUUUUUUUUUUCCCCAGCAUGUAGUAGUGUGUGUGGAGUGAAUGCCAUGUAUUGUUUUAUGAGGCUUACUGAACAGCACCAACCUAUUUGAAAUGUAGCUCCCAAUAUUUGUUUUAGUCACCUGAAGGCCUCCUCCCCUCCCCCCCAUCUGCUCUUAGAUGCCAUUUAGUAACAGUUAGUAAGAACUUGAUUGUGUCUUGUCAAUGGCCUGGCUCUGAGGAACAGUGCAGAGCUGCCCUAGCCAGAGGGAGCUCUGGGACCACCCAAGUAUGCCCAGGAUGUACACCUGCUCAAAUUCCCUUUCUAGACUGGGGCUUGAAUGUCCAUACACCUCUGUGUGGCUGGCCAGUUCUAUGGAGUGAGGUGGCAGUGAAGGUGGAACCAUGACCCAGCCCACGCUGGCCCCCUUGAGAGUGCUUUGCAUUCCCAUGGAUACAGGGACAGAGCAGUCCCUACACUCCCCUAGGUAAAGCAGCUGGAAUUCUGCCUGGUCUUUACACAGGCCCAGCUAAGUUCUAUGCUAAGUUCUAUGAUGGUUUGUCCAGUGGCCUGGCAUUUCCAGACGCUUCACUUCAACAUAAAAAGAUACAUAAACUGCAAUCAGGGCUCUGAACAAAAUAACUGAUAUUAAAUAUCCCUACUAGAUUAGGACAGAAAAAAAUAAAGCAAUCAAACCCCUACAGUAAACCCAACAGCCAGCAGAUUCCUUCAGAGUGAAAAUUGAAAACAAGCACCAUAAUUUCCAUGUCCGUUAUACAAGUGAAUACAAACUUUGGAUUCAAAACAACACAGGUUUAGGUAUAAACAGCGGGCCCAAUCCUCCUUUCACUUACCUUGCAGUCAACCAGUAAUAACCCGAUGGGUGUUAUACUGGCAUAACACUGGUGGAAGUGAGAGAACACCACUUGGCAACAACUGAUCUUUCUGAUUUACAUAAUAUUAAUCAGGCCACUCCUUUUUCAAAGCCUUACCUUCAAAGGCAUCCCACAUUGGUGGCAGCUUUACCAGUGAGCCAGGCUACACAUAGCAUCUUUAAGAACCUAUGUGUGGCAUGCGUUCACAAUUCGGCAUUGCUAGUGAGUGCUGAGAAAUGCUCUCUCUAUGGCUUCCCACAUGCUGGGCAUGCUACAAGUUUUAUUUUCCAUCUUAGGCAAUGGAAUAAAAUCAAAUGGCUUUGCAAUGCUUCAUUACACUGAAUUAUUUUGGGAUUCCACAUGUGGUAAUGAAUGUAAACAUGGUCAAAUACCUUGUGAUGGUUUUAAGAGAGAGUUGGAUUUGUGUUUCUGGGCCAGAGUCCCUAAUAUGCACUUUGAGAAAGAAAAGUACCCAAGAUAAAUAAGCUAAAUGCAUUUAUUGUAGUAAAAAAGGAAUUUAGUGUGAUUAAACAAGAAUAAUGCCAGAUUUUAUUUGUCAGUAAUUUAAAUUGAGGCACUGUGUCCAGUGAAUCUGUGCUGUAUAAUUUAAAUCCUUAUUCUCGUGCAAUUUGUGCAAUACUUUGCUUUGAAAGCAUGUACUUGAGUUGCGACCCUCUUGGUCUCUUUUUAAUCCAAGGAAUGUCCAUAAAA